AUGGAAAAUGGGAGUUCCAGUCAGGCCACCAUGACGGAGCUGCAGGAGGUGCAGAUCACGGAGGAGAGGCCGCUGUUACCAGGGCAGACACCCGAGAUGGCCAAGACUCACUCGGUGGAGACACCUUAUGGCUCUGUCACUUUUACUGUCUAUGGUACCCCCAAACCCAAACGCCCAGCGAUACUCACCUACCAUGAUGUGGGACUCAACUAUAAAUCUUGCUUCCAGCCGCUGUUCCAAUCCGGGGACAUGCAGGAAAUUAUUCAGAACUUCGUGCGGGUUCAUGUGAAUGCCCCUGGGAUGGAAGAGGGGGCUCCUGUGUACCCCGUGGGGUAUCAGUACCCGUCUCUGGACCAGCUUGCGGACACCAUCCCUUGCAUCCUGCAGUACUUAAAUUUCUCCUCAAUAAUUGGAGUUGGUGUUGGAGCUGGAGCCUACAUCUUGUCGCGAUAUGCUCUUAAUCACCAGGAUACAGUCGAGGGACUUGUCCUCAUCAACAUUGACCCCAAUGCCAAGGGUUGGAUGGACUGGGCAGCCCACAAGCUAACAGGCCUCACCUCUUCCAUUCCGGAGAUGAUACUUGGACAUCUUUUCAGCCAGGAAGAGCUGUCAGGAAAUUCUGAGUUGAUACAAAAGUAUAGAAAUAUCAUUACACAUGCACCCAACAUAGAGAACAUUGAACUGUACUGGAACAGCUACAACAACCGCCGAGACCUGAACUUUGAGCGUGGAGGUGAUAUCACCCUCAAGUGCCCUGUGAUGCUGGUGGUUGGAGACCAGGCACCCCAUGAAGAUGCAGUGGUGGAAUGUAAUUCAAAACUGGACCCCACCCAGACUUCUUUCCUCAAGAUGGCCGACUCUGGAGGUCAGCCCCAGCUGACUCAGCCAGGCAAGCUGACCGAGGCCUUCAAGUACUUCCUGCAAGGCAUGGGCUACAUGGCCUCAUCCUGCAUGACUCGCCUGUCCCGAUCUCGCACAGCUUCCCUGACCAGUGCGGCAUCUAUUGAUGGCAGCAGGUCCCGUGCUCGAACCUUGUCCCAGAGCAGCGAGUCUGGGACCCUCCCUUCAGGGACCCCAGGGCACACCAUGGAGGUCUCCUGUUGA